AUGUCUCUCCCGCCAUGGCGAUCGAACACCUCAGGGCCUCCUCAUCCAGGGGGGUCCUAUGGAUCUAACACGGAAGGUGCAGCAGGUGGUGCAUGGGGUCAGCCGCAGCAGCAGCAGCAGCCGCAGCACAUGAUGAUGCAGCAGCAGCAGCCUGUUGGUAUGCAGCAGCAGCAGCCGCUACACAUGCAGCAGCAACACCGCAUGCAUCAACAGAGAGUGCAUCCAGAGGACAUGCAGCAGCAGCAGCAGCAGGAGUGGCGCAACUGGCAAGGCAGCAGCGCUCCUAUAGCGUCUGCCCCAUGGCACCAGCAGCAGCAGCCGCAGCAGCAGCAGCAGCAGAAGCCUCAGCAGCAGCAGCAGCCACUUCGUGAUGCUGCUCCAUGGAAGCAAGCAGCAGCAGGAGCUCCUUGGCAGCAGCAGCAGCCGCAGCAGCAGCAGCAAGUAGAUUCCUAUGGCAGCAGCGUCUCCUCUGGUUACCGCAGCUAUAACGAGCGGCAGCAGCAGCAGCAGCAGCAGCAGCACUCGGAGCAGCAGAUGCAGCAUUACCAGCAGCAGCAGCAUAUGCAGCAGCAGCCGCAGCACAUGCAGCAGCACCAUCAUCAGCCGCACCAUCAGCAGCAGCACCAUCAGCAGCAGCAUCACCAGCAGCAGCGGCAGCAGCAGCAGCAGCAGCAAGGGUACGAAGAAGAUGACAGAAAGAGACAAAGAGGAUACAGUAAUUGGGAGGGACGCAGCAGCAAAAGUUUUAGGGGGCAGCAGCAGCAGCAACCAGGUCCCCACUAUCUUGAUUACCAGCAGCAGCAGCAGCAGCCGUAUGAUCAGCAGCACCGUCAACAUCCAGGACUGCAGCAGCAGCAGCAACUGCAGCAGCAGCAGCAGCAAGAUAUGCUGCUGCAGCACUCCAAUGGCCGUGCUGCUGCUCCUUGGCAAAGACAAGGCAGCAGCGACUAUCAGCACAGCAGCAGCAGCAUGACAGGUAUGGCAUGCAGCAGCAGCAGCAUCCCCGUCAUCAGCAGCACCAUCCACAGCAGCAGCAGCAGCAGCAGGGAGACAGCUGGGGAGACAGGCAGGAGCAAGAUGGGUACUGGAGGAGAAAGGGGAGACAAAGAGACAGAGAAAGAGAUCGGAGUGUAUGCUCAGGGGCCUCCGAGGGUUAUGCUUCUAGGGGGGGGCCCCCGCUGCAGCAGCAUGGGGAUAGCCGCAGCAGACGGCAGCAGCAGCAGCCGCAGCAGCAGCAGCAGGAUCGCAGCAGCUGGGGAGAUGGACAUAGUAGGUCUGGUGAUGGUUACUACUACUGCAGCAGCAGCAGCAGCAGCAGAAGCAGAAGAGACAGCAGCCGCAGACACAGAGGAGACAGACCUGGGGAUGAUAGUAGACCUCCAGCAGCUGCAGCAGCAGCAGGUGCAGGAGGAGGUGCAGCAGCAGGUGCAGCAGCAGGAGCAGCAGAAUGGAGGGAUAGAUGGGGAGGCAGCAGCAGAGACAGAGGAGACAGAGGAGACAGGGGCCCAAGUUAUAACGAGGAGACAUAUUCAUAUACAGCAGGAGGAAGGGGAGGGGACCCCCGCAGCAGCAGCAGCAGCAGCAGCAGCAGGAUGCGGCAGCAGCAGCGGGGACGAGGUGCAGCAGCAGCAGCAGCACAUGAUCGUUAUAGGAGUGGCAGCAGCGAGAGACAACUGUCUCCUCGUUAUAGGGGAUAUAGGGGACGUAGGCCUUCCCCUGAUCAGCAGCAGCAGCAGCAGCAGCAGCAGCAUCAUGGACCUCCUUCAGGCAGAGGGGGCCCCCCUCAUAUGCGUAGGGGCCCCUCAUCGUACCCUGGUGAAGGAGGGGGCCCCUCCCGUAACAGCAGAGACAGUGACAGAUUCUCCAUGCAGCAGCCGCAUCAGCAGGUGCAGCAAGUGCAGCAGCAGCAGCAGCAAGUGCAGCAGCAGCAGCAGCAGCAGCAUGGACCGCAUGCAGGUUAUGUGGAUAGAGACAACAGAUCAUCAACAAGAGGGCCUUAUGGGGGCCCCUCAGGGUACUACGGGGGCCCCCGUAGGGACGGCUCGGGUCCCCCAGGGGGCCCCCCAAUAUCUUCAGGAGGGGGCCCCUCCGGGUAUUAUGGGGGCCCCCGUCGAGAUGGUACAAUGGGUGGGGGCACUGGGGGCCCCCCUUCUGUAUCCCCAGGGGGCCCCCGUCAUUGGAAGGGGCCCCCUGGGGCCCCUGGGGCCCCUUAUUCUCAUCACCGUCAUAGGCAUGGUGGUGGUGGUGGUGCAGCAGGUGGUGGUGCUGCUGCUGCUGCAGCAGCAGGAGAUCAUAGAGGAGGAGACAGCAGCAGCAGCAGGAGGAGUAAGAGAUGUACAAGCUAAGCAGCAUAGAGGGGAGAGACAAAGACAGGAGAAGCAGCAGCAAGAGAGACAGCAGCAGCAGCAGCAGCAGCAGCAGCAGCAACAGCAGCAGCAACAGCAGGAGAAACAAGAAAAACAACAAACAGAACAGCAGCAGGAAGAACAGAAACAAGAGGCAGUAAAACAGGAAGAGGAUGAGCAGCAGCAGCAGCAGCAGCAGCAGAAACAAGAGGAAGAUAAGAAGCAAGAGCCAAAAGGAGAGCAGCAACAUCAAGACAAUAACAACAACGAUCAGCAGCAGCAACAGCAACAGCAGCAGCAGCAGCAGCAGCAACAGGAGGGUGAAUCAGCAUCAUCAUCAUUAACAGGAGGACAAAACCAGUCCCCUUCUUCCUCUUCUCCUCCCCCAUCAUCAUCAACAGCAGCACCAUCAUCAACAGCAGCAGCAGCAGCAGGAGCAGCAGGAGGAGGAGGAGGAAGUCGUCAUCUAUGGCCAUCUCGUCUCCCUCCAUCAUGGCGAGGUGUAUACCCAUCAAGUAGUCGAUGUAGAGGAUUUGGAUUUUUGAUAUUUUCGAAUUUCGAAAAUUUCAAAAAUUUUUUGAAAAUUCCAAAAUUCAGUUGGUAUGUAUUUGAUACAUUUAAUUAUAUAAUAAAAAAACAGCAGCAGCAGCAGCAGCAGCAGCAGCAGCAGCAGCAGCAGCAGAAGGAGAAGGAGAAGGAGCAGAAGGAGAAGGAGAAGGAGGAGAAGGAGAAGGAGGAGAAGGAGAAGGAGAAGGAGAAGGAGAAGGAGGAGAAGGAGGAGAAGGAACAAAUGAUGAUGAUGAUCGAAGAGUAUACAGGAAAAGAAGAAGAAAAGGAAAAGGAACGAAAACAAGAAUAUGAGGGAGAGGAGAUGCAACAGCAGCAACAGCAGCAGAUGCAACAGCAGCAGGAGGGAGAAGAUGGUAAAGGUUCAUCUUCUCCUGUUUCUGCACAAACACCUGCAUCUUCAUGUGAUGCAACAACAUCUCCUGUUGCAACAGCAACAACUCCAGCAGCAACAACACCAGCAGCAGCAGCAGCAACAACACCAGCAACACCUGGUGCAGCUGCAGCUGCAGCAGCAGAUAGGGAAAUAAAGGGAGAGAGAUGUGCACAAAUACAUAUGCUUCUCUGGCCUGAAGGACAAUUACGCAUCUGCGCACGAAGCCAGGAGACGGUUAGUUCAUUGAAUUGGAGCGAAGGCCUUUGUGCUGCACUAAGUAGAGACAGUCUAGAGGCAUCAUUAGUGUCUCCUUUAUCUCCUGAUCCUCCUGCUGCUGCUGCUGCUGCUGCUGCUGAUGGUGGUAGUGCAGCAGAUGCAGCAGCAGCAGCAGCAGCAGAUGUUAAAGGAAUGCAAGCAGCAGUAGAAGCAGCAGGACUUGUCUUACCACCAGGUGGACCCCAUCUAUACUUUAAUUUACCUCCUGCUGCGCUGCAGCAGCUAGCUGUGCAGCAAGCAACAGGUGCUGCUGACGAGGAGACAGUUGCUGCUAGUGCUGCAACAGAUGCAGCAACAGAUGCAGCAACAGAUACAGCAGCAGAUGCAGCAGCAGCAGAUGCUCCUGGGGAUGCUGCAGCUACCAAUGACAGCAGCAGCAGCAGCAGCAGCAGCAAUGCUAACGACACUGCAGCGGAAGAAGGUGGAUCAUCACCCACAGCAGCAGCAGCAGCAGCAGCAGGAACUCCUGCAGCAACAGCAGCAGCAGCAGCAGCACCAGCUGUAGAGGUUUGUACUAAUGAGGGAGAUAUGCAUACAUCUGUUAAUUACGAAAUCUUACCGUCAGAGGGGGAGGAGACGAAUUGGUUCCCUUGGGGUGUAUUCUUAUCCAUGGCAGCAAAGAUGUCUGGUGCUGCUCCUUCUCAUUCUCUUGAUGCUGCACUUAAGGAACUUAUACAAAAACAAACUACACGAGGUGUAUAUCCAGCAGAGUGGCUGAGCUAUGAGGGCUUUUGCUUCCCGAGUCAAUUUACUCUGUACUGUCCGCCAUCAACAGCAGCACCAGCAGCAGCAGCAGCAGGUGCAGCAGGUGCUGCUGCUGCUGCUGGUGAGGAGGAGGAAGGAUCAGCAGCAAUUGUUGCUGCUGCUCAUGUGCUGCGCGUGCUGCACUUACCUAAUGUUCUUAGCUGCCAACUAUUUGCGCAGCUAGAUGCCUUCCUUGGCUCAUUUGCUAAGGCGAAGUACGGUGCUGCUGCUGCUGCUGCACUGCAGCAGCAACUGUGCGGCUGGCAGCUCUUUGAUUUCCCAGAGACUGCAAGGGCUAGAGGAGACGGUUGGCUGCUGCUGCCUAGGUGUAUGGACGCUGCAUCUGUGCUGCGGACUUUGUGUCCUGUUGCUAUUGGUGCCCCACGCAACAGCAGCAGCAACAGCAGCAGCAGCAACACUGCAGCUGCUGGUUCAGAAGGUGCCAUGGAGGAGGAUGCAGCAGCAGCAGCAGCAGCAGAAGUAGCAGCAGCAGCAGCAGAAACGCACGGGGUGUUGCUUCCUGUUACAUCAUCAUGGUCUGCAUGUGUAGCUUCAUCUAAUAGCAGCAGCAGCAGCAGCAGCAGCAGCAGCAGCAGCAAAGACACCAUCUUUACCGUCCCUCCUUUAUCUAAUUUCUUUGCCAAGAGCAGCAGCAGCAGCAGCAGCAGCAGCGGCAGCAACAGCAGCAGCAGCAGCAGCUGCGGGGGAACCGAGCCGCAACAAGCUGCUGCCCCAGAGGCAUCAGCAGCAGCUGCAGCAGCAGCAGCAGAUGAUGGUGAUGAUGAUGCCACAAGGGAAGUUGAGACUGCUUGGAGGCCUUAUAGGAAAGGCGGGAAGCAGCAGCAGCAGCAGCAGCAGCAGCAGCAGGAGCAGCAGGUGUAUGAGGUCAUCGCGCAGCCAUCUGCUGGAGAUUUGCAUGCAUGCAUACUGACACCGGAUUUGCUGCUGCAGCUGCAGCAGCAAAAGCUCUUCAGGAGCAGCAGGCAGCAGCAGGAGCAGGAGCAGCAGCAGCAGCAGGAACAGCAGCAGCAGCAGCAGCAAAUGCCGCUGCCGCCGCAGGAGCAGCAGCAGCCGCAGCAAAUACCGCCGCAGCAGCAGCAAAUGCCGCAGCAAAUGCAGCAACCGAUAGAGUCCCCACAUCGGCCUGAUGAGCAGGCGGCUAUGCAAGGGGUGCAGCAGCAGCAGCAGCAGCAGCAGCAGGCAGCAGAUAUGUCUCCUGCAGCAGCUGUUGGGUCUGCAUGCACAUCCAGCAUGGCAGCAGAAGACAAACUGCAGCAGCAAAUGGCAGUUGAUGACCAGCAGCAGCAGCAGCUGCCGCUAUAUCAGCAGCAGGAGGAGCAGCAGCAGGAGCCGUUGCAGCAGCAGCAGGAGAUGCUGCCGAUGCAGGAGGACACAGUGCAGGGAGACACUGAUGUUGCUGCUCUGACGAAGCCUCAGCAGCAGCAGCAGCAGCAGGAGCUGCAGCAGCAGGAGCUGCAGCAGCAGGAGCUGCAGCAGCAGCAGCAGCAGCAAGAGGUGGAUGUGCAACAAAACUGCGAUAUGCAACAGCAACAGGAGCAGCAAGAGCUGCAACAUCAACAGGAACAAGAGCAGCAACAGGAGCAGCAGCAGCAGCAGCAGCAGCAGCAGCAGGAUGUGCUAUCCCCGCAGCAGCGGGAGACCUUUGCCUCGCUGCAGCAGCUGCUGCAGCAAUCUGCUGCUGAGCCAAUUGCUGCAGCAGAAGUGUCUCCUAUAAGUGAUGACCAGAGAGACUCGCAGGACCCAUAA